AUGGCUAAGGCUGGUGUGCUGAACUCUUCUUCUUCUUCUUCUUUGUCUUCUCUGUUCUCUUUGUUCUUCAUUUCUUGCAUUGUGCUGGCUUCUCAUUUGCAUGCCUCCGCGGCACUUGCCCAGCCCCCAGUGGUGAAUGGACUGUCAUUUUCUUUCUUUUCGAAAACAUGUCCCAAUGUUGAAACCAUUGUAAGAAACCACCUUAAGAAAGUGUUCAAGAAUGACAAUGGCCAAGCUCCAGGCUUACUCCGUAUUUUCUUCCAUGAUUGCUUUGUUACGGGAUGCGAUGGGUCGUUGCUGUUGGAUGCGAAAAAAGGUGAAGGUGAAAGGGAUCAAGGGGCUAACAUAGGAAUAAGGACAGAGGCAUUGCAGACCAUUGAUGACCUGCGAGAUCUUGUCCACAAGCAGUGUGGAAGGAUUGUCUCAUGUGCUGACAUCACUGCCUUAGCUGCCCGUGAUGCCGUUUUUCUUUCUGGUGGCCCUGAUUUUGCACUGCCAUUAGGAAGAAGAGAUGGAUUCAUUAUUAACGCAACAGACACAAGAAAUCUUCCAUCUCCCUUUGCAACUACUAAUCAAACCAUUAAUAGUUUUGCAGCAAAAAAGGUAUUUGAUGUCACAGAUGUGGUAGCCUUCUCAGGUGCACACACUUUUGGUCGUGCCCAUUGUGGAACAUUCUUCAAUAGACUGUCACCUCAAGACCCCACUAUGGAUAAAACCUUAGCCAACAACCUCAAGGCCAUUUGUCCCAAUGGACAGUCACUUAACACAGCCAAUCUUGACCUAAGAACCCCAACAAUAUUUGAUAAUAAGUACUACAUUGAUGUAAUGAAUCGUCAAGGUGUGUUUACCUCUGAUCAGGACUUGCUCAAUGACCAAAGGACCGUGGGAUUAGUUAAUGCUUUUGCCAAAGACCAAAACCUAUUCUUUCAGAAGUUUGCUGAUGCUAUGGUGAAAUUGAGCCAAUUGGGUGUUUUGACUGGGAAUCAAGGUGAAAUUCGUGCCAAGUGUAAUGUGAUAAAUAAGAAGCAAUCUACCUUGAAAUCUAUGGUAGAAGAGGUGGUAGAAUUGACUGAGCAGUUCUAA